AGAAAAAGAAACUCAUCUUUGCACAGGCGGCUGUUUGCGUGGGUAAACGAAUGCAUAUUUAAUCGAGGAGUGGGCUGCAAUAUUCAGAGCACUGGUUCACCAAGUUGGCCAGAGAAAUAGGGGGCGAGAGAGAGGGAGCAGGCACGCUCCAUCAAAGAAUAGGGCUUUUGUCAACAAGAUGCACUUGAUCAGCUAAGCCCGUCCUUCAUUGUUGUGCUUCAAGGGGUUAAGAAGAAGUCUGCCUAUCAACCUCUACGUAUAUGUAAAUACAAGAUACAGGGAAGGCUGCAACUAAACCUAGAGCAGACGAACAGUUGAAAUGGCAUCGGCCUGUUAAUGAGUAUUAAACCAACUUUUUCUUCGACUUGAUGUUUUUUUUUUCUCCUUUUUUAGAUGAGUGAUUUGGAUGUUUUGCAACCUCACCCUGUAGCUGCAAGCCAUCAGGAGUCAGUGCCGUGCAGGGACCGUUCAGGGCUGUAGUUCACAAAGCCAGCACGUUCAUAACCGUCUGCAGUAGCCGCCGAGUGGUGCCGAAAACCAUAUCCAGCUUCACCGGAGGAAUCAGCAGCAGAUCGGGGAGGGGUCCUUUUCUUUUCUCGUUUCUUUCUUUUAAUUUAUUUUUUUCUUUUAAUCUUUUGAAGCGUCGACCAACGCUUCAAGGCGACCAUUUGCUGCUCACCAGUGACUCGGGGAUAAUGAGGGCUCUGGAAUGAACAGAUGUGUUGCAGAUGCGCUGUCCGAGGUGCUGAAAAGCCACCGACAAACCCGCCGUUAGUCCUUUUUUCCAGGCGCGACGAGACAUAUGAAGUGGCGUGGACGCCGAGCAGCACAUCACGGCACACCAGCUCGAUUGUUAACACAUAACCAUCAUCAAGAGUAAAUGGGACCGCACGUCGACCGAGCGUUAGAAAGAUGGAGAGAUAUUUUUUCCUGCUCGUCCUUAGCUGUCUCUGCGUCUCUAGAGUCACAGCGGGUAAGUUUAUGUUAAUGUGCAUUGGAGGGAGGAUUCCGUGCAUUUGGCGCUGCACCUUGCAGUGUGGUUUUUAAUCGUCAAAUAUAACAAUCGAGGGAUUGCAGGGGCAUGUGUGUGAAACGCAAUUGUCUAACAUUGAUUUGCAAAUUUGACUAGGUAAUGCUGCUGUGAGACGCUGCAUAGACUGUUGUGUUUAUGGAAAGGCUAGCAGUGGUUGUUGGCUAUAUAGGUAUUUCCAUGCCGUCAUCUGAUGAAACAAAUGGUUUUUAUCAAUUUACUGGUUAUAAGUCCAAACAGAAUCAAACAUGUUAAAUGACUGAAAUUGCCUAAUCGAUAGAUUAUCAACAAAAUUCAUAUUCUUGUCUCUUUCCUCGUGCCAAGCAGUGUGUGAUUGUGUUUUAGAGUGUGUGUCUGUGAGUGUAUACAUGGCUAAAAUGGGUUUCAAAGGUGAGCUUGUUGGCUCACACAAAUACCAAUACACGAGCACACACACGCACACAGACACACACACACAAAGAAGAAGAAAAAAAGAGACAUGUACAUAAUUACUUCCCCCAUAUUGCCCCGGGGGCUCAUGUGUCUUCCUCAAGCUUAAGUCCUCUGUCAGAGGCCUGGGAAUUUGGAGGUUCAGUGCAGCAUCUUAACUGGUCCUCAGACUGUGCUUUUCUGAACAGAGAUCUCAGGUACUGGAAUCUGCUGGGACCACUCUCCCAGUUUCUGGGUCACAGCCCCCAGUGAUUCCGUCACUACUGAUACCAAUGUUGCCUCCAUAUCUUCCAGCCUUUGGUAUGAUCAAUUGUGUUCUCUGUCCCCAGUGUUGCUGUCACUCAGGAUUGCUACAUCUAUCACCAGUACCCUCUUUUGUGGUUUGUCAAUCAACAUUGUCUAGUUAGUAAAUCGUCACUGCUUGGUCAGUCUAAAUUUUGAAAUCCAGUCAUGAUCAUGGCCCAACCACAUCAGGGGGUAUCUUCCACUCUAACAAUGUGACUCAAACCCCAUACUCAGUGCAGAUGUUCCUGUACAGUAUACACUUUGCCAGCCACUGUUCCAUGUAUGCUAUUCCUGCACCCUGUUAUCACAUGCUGCACUGUCUCGGGACCAUCGUAGCACAGUCUGCAGUGCACAUAGGGUCCUGGUAAGGUAAAGCCCACCCCUUUAGAUUCAAAGUGUCUCCUCUUGUGCUGCUAUGAUCACUUUUCUUGUGCUGUCUUUUUGUGGAUAACAGUUUUCUAGACAUUAGCCACUUCCUCUAUCACUUGGUAGUACGUGCCAUGUAGAGGCUUUUCGUUAUCCUGAUCUUGGUCAGUGAUUCAGACCCUCAACAUUCAUCGUAUUUCAGGACCUGCCUUUCUGUGUGUAGGUAUUUAGCUGUGGCUUACUUCCUUGUGGCCUCCUUAUUGGUACCAUUUGUCUGCAGGAUAUCACAGUUUCUGUAGCUGUCCUAAACAUCUGCAGUGCUGCUAUAUAAAAUGUAUACUGGACAUCAUUGGAGUCCAGCUUUUAAUUUUACUGCAUAUUAUCGGUAUGAAAUGAAUGGUCCCUGGCCACUGGAAACACAUUUGGUCAGCCAUUUUGGUCCUGUAUAAGAUCCAAAGGAACACUACAAAACUGUCAAGUGUGUGAGAGUUUUCUAAAGCUUAAACUGUGCAAUAUGCUUUUUAAGAGUCCACACAGACACACAGUAUUUAGACACUUUAAUUAAUUGUUGAACCUAAAAUGCUUUUAUUGUUUGAGCUCUCCUACAUUAAGUAGUAGUAGUAGUAAACAAGUUUGUACAUUUGUUAGUUGUGUUGAUGUAUUCGUCAUUUAUGAAACUCACAACUGGUUAGAUUUUCUAACCACAUGUAUAUUAUCUUAAAGUGUCACUUAUCUCCUCUUAUACACUGAAGUGUCUUGAUGUUGUUAUGGUGAAGCAUCCUAGUAAGUGGAUGCAUUGAGACAAUCUACCCCUCAAUCAUAGGAUAAUUAACAACAAAAAGGAAGAUGUACCUGUAUAUAGCUGCAAAGUUAUGCUGAUUUUGCAUUAAAAUGUGUUUUCAGAUGUUGUAAUUAGGCAUACAGUUAGGACUGUAUUGUACUGCUGUAGCUGUGUUCACAGAAGCUUUAGCUUUGAGUUAAGUGUGCACUGGCAGACAUAUAUUUAUAAUGAAUGUCUAUGAUUUGUUCUCACCAGCUGCUCCUUUAAGCUAUUUAAGAGUUUUUUCAGUACUGCUGUUCUUAUCAGGAUGAAAUUGUAACUCACAACAAUACAAGACAGAGAGAUCAUUAUUACCCUUUCAGUUUUAACCAUUGAUAAGAUGAAUAUUGCAGGAACAAUUCAUGAAUGCAUGGUACGAAUACUGUUCACUUCAAUGAAAUAAUCUCAAGAAAGAAUGUGAGCAAUGGAUUCAAUGACAAGUUUUGGUAUAUAUUUUAAAGUCCGAUUUAUAGCUGUUCUGGACCUUUUGCUCAUAAAACAUCUCACAACAAUAUUACCAAUAAUUAUACUGACUUAUAUCCCCAACCAUACUAGAUAAGAAGUGAUAAGAAUCAAUUACCCAGACUGAAUACCUGCUUAUCUACUGAUGGACAUUUAAUGACUGACAGAUAUGAAAUGAUCAGAAGGUUUAGAGCCGCAACCAAAUGGACUUCAAAAAAGCAAUUCUCCUUAUGAUCAGUAACUACUUAUAUACCUUGAUGAUUCUAUAUAUUUACACAAUAAACCUGAAUGAAGUGUAUUGAAUGCAGCCUCAUUCAAGUUAUUGUCCUCAAGUUUAUCUUGGGAGUUAAAAAAGUGCAAAAGGACAACCAUGCAAGAUCAUUUUAGAGGUAGUGAGGGAAACUGACAGCAGUGAGAGGAUGCGUGCCACAGCUCCAUUAAAUUUUCACCACAGUGACAUCUUUAAGUGCGUCUGUGUUUAUUUGGACUCAUAAACUGUCAGUUGAUUCUGAGACAGGGGAGAAGAUGCUUCCAUUUAAAAUGUAAAUCGCUUCUCUAACACAAUCAUUCUAAAAAGGCCAAAAAACACUUAAAGCAAUUUUCCCCUGUUCCUAACUAUUGUAGCAUCAAGACAACCCUGUGUGUGAAACUCACACAUUCCUCACAGGAAAGGUUCUUGGGUAUCUGGUCCCUGGACACAGGAUCAUAUAAAUCUUUCCAGAAAUGUUUGGACUUUCAGGUUACAACCAAACUAUCACUCUGACAGAAUAAAUCCUGUAUUCUUUAGUUCCUUCAGAUCAGCAGCUUUCCAGACAGUGUUAUGAAUUUUUAAGAGUUGAAAUUAUUGAGUAUGAAUCAUUACUUUAAUUCACAGAAAUGGUUUUAAAAUGUUUUAACCAUUCAUAUAGUAUUUUUAACCAUUAGGUGGUUAUUAUGUCAUUUAAUAAUCCAAAUGCAAAUAUAUAGAAUCCAUUAUUAAUCAUGAAGUUCAUUAAUAUGUGUUUAUUCUUCUGAUGUUCACAGUUUCUAUGUGUUACUAUCUGUUUGAUUUCAGAGUAAUUUGAUCAGUGCUCUUUAUAGAAGUGAUACAUAAAGUAUAAUGGAAAUGUUUGAUGUGAUUCUACAUUUCCUGAUAUGUGUUAAGUAUCAAAUCAUUCAUUAUGAACAAAGCCUUUAACACAAUUAAUCAUAGUGAGUGAGUAUUAAAUCUGACUCCUUUACAACAAAGGUAUAAUCAGGGAUCCCAAGGGUCUCCUCGCAACCACGAAGUUUGUGCUACCAAGUAAAUUUCCUUUAAUCUGUCUGACAGCCAGCAAACCUUCAAGCUCACCUGUUUCCUUACAUUCCCACCAGUGUCUGGAUUAGUAUUUGUUAGCAUAUGACUUCUUCUGUUCUUUUCUGGCAAUAUGUUUCAAACAGCCUGGUACCAAUGCCAUCAAUGUGGUUCAUAGCAAGAGCUAUGAAGCCUUAGCAUAUAUGAGCAUAUAUCAUUUACAUUUGCAGACACGCAGAGAUUACCAUAUGUGGUCAGCUUCAUCACUUUUAAAGUCUAAGUCAUGCGUAUGCAGUGUUAUUUGUUCUAAGCAGCUGAUAAAAACAAACAAACAAACAACAAUACAAAGUCAAAAGACACAGACAGCUGUUAAAUCCUGAGGAAGAAAGUGUUUUCAGAGCAUCUGAGUUUCCCUGCAUGAACUAGAACUGAACAUAAAUUUAAAAAAUUUCAUGAACACCAAAGUAUUUUGUUUAAAGCACAGUUGCUGUUGUUUAUUUCCUUAAACUACUACUGUGUAAUAGUUCCCUUACCUCUUUUUUAUAGCUGAAAAAUUUAGGGUCCUACUUAUUAAAUCGGGCCAUCAGCUUUUUUGGCAGUAGAUAUUAUCCAGAUAUAGAUAGACACUGAGAUGUAACAAAAUUGUCAUUGUAUGAGGUUGAGAUAAAUAACUGUGGUAAUUAAAAUAUAAACUGCUUUAAUAACGGUGUUAGCCAUUUAAACAUGGGGAUAUUUUGUCCUCAUUGCUUCAUAAACCAGAUGAGUUCUUACGAAACAACACAAACUAAAGUUCCAAGUUGGGACAUUGAAGCUUUGGAGGCGAUAUUCUUUCUCAUUCUUAAAUGAUUUACGACUUAAGUUGCUCACCAGUCUGGGGUCUUUGCUGACGUAUUUUGCACUUCAUUAUAUGCCACACAUUUACAAAGAGAGACAGGUCUGGACUGUGGGCAGGUCAGCCUGGUACCCCAACCUGACCCCAACCUGUAUGUACUUUUCAGUAUUACGAAGUGUGAUGUCCAUGACAUAUUACGUGUGAUAUUUGGUGUUGUCAGCCUGAGUGUCUCCAGCCUGAGUCAGUGAGUGCAGCUCAUUGAUUAGGGUAAUGUCACAUACCUGUGCUUAGAAUGAGGAGGUUAUAUAAGCUCCUGCAGUCACACCAUCAUUCUCUCUGAGUUUGACCUGGCCUCCACAGGUAUACUACCCUUUGAGUUAGUUAUGUAAGAUUAGGUUGAGCUUCGGUUAGGUUUGUGUUUUACAACAUUUACACACAUUGUCUUCACUCAUGCAUAUCCCACAAACCUGGUUCUUCUGACUUACAUACCUCAUGCUGUAAAUAUUAAAUUUGGUCUUAUGUGAAGUGACGUUUAGUAAUUUGUUUUAAUUUGGCUUAAUUUGAACAAAUUAAGAGUUAUCUAAAAAAUUCACCAUGGUACAGUCUCCCUCAUGAUCGUUUACAGAUGUGCAGAACUUUAUGUGAACGAAAAAAAGUCUAUCAGUUUGAACACUGAAUAUCUUUCCUUUGUCGUGAGCUCAUUUGAAUAUAGGUCAAAGAGGAACUCCAAAUCACUAUUCUGUUUUAUUCAUGUUUUUCACAGUGUCCCUACUUCAUUGGAAUUGGGGUUUAUAAAAUCAAUCAUUCUCUUCUCCUCCAGAAAACAAAACAAAACUGUUAUCUGAUUUGUUUAUAGGCAUCGUCAUGAGCGGGUCUUUGUAAAACUAAAGCAUUAGAGAUGUGGUAGAAUAUUAAAAUAGUUUUUUGUUUUCUUGCACUGGUCAGUAGACAGGGAGAUCCAUAUGGUGUUUUCAAUUUAUGCAGCCUGCAGCACUCGUGGGGCCCCUGAGGAGUUUACCUGCACAUUUUAAACUAGAAUCAACUUUUGUUAUCGUUACCUGUGACAAAAAAUGUCUGCUGUUAUUUUUUCCAAGAAGUUUUGUUUGACAAAGAUAAGCACUAAUGGUCCUGUUUUAGUCUCUGUGACUGUGCUACCUGUCACCAGAGGCAUUUUGUUUUGUACAUAUGACACUGCAGUGAAAUCAAUAACUCAAAAUGUUAUAUUUCUACAUGUAAUCUGUUGUGUGUAGUUGAUUUGUGGUGAAAACUCCUAUCAUGCUUGGCUGUCUUAAGGUUUCUUUGAACAGGCACUUGCUGUGCAAAGAUUUAGGAACAGACAGGCCUUGGUGCGCUGUCAUACCAUAGAAAUUGCUCACAAUCUGAGAUGACGGUUAUUGUAAUGCUUGUAUGAAUGUGAAUGCUACCACAUAAAUAAGCAUUUAUUACUUAAAACUGGGAACAGGUGGGCAUGCUUGUUUGUUGCUGCAAGUUGUUGUUAGUGGGUGGGUUUCAACCUUACUCAUGAGCUGUAGUUGGUCACAGCAUGUAUUUUUAUGAGUAAACACUCACUAAAAAGAAGCAUGGAGUAGAGAGGGACAUCAAAUAGAUGGAGAAUUGCUGGCAUAAAAAGAAAGACAAAGGAAAGCAUCAACCCUCGGCAGGCUACCCUCACAUUUCCACUAACAACAACCUCCAACCCUUUGUCAGGAUAACCAACUCCACGCACCUCCAACCCUGCCACAUCAUCAUCACUCCCAUCUCAUGCCUACCCUCCACCCCCAAAGCACCCUGUGUUAUGACUUAAUUUCGCCUGCCGAAAUUAUCUAAAGAGCCACUGAGGUGUAAGAAAGCCUAUUGUUUCUCACGUGUAAAUGAAACGGCAAGUCCAAGUCACAUUUUCCUUGUUUAUUCUUCUUUUGUAAAAGAAACCAAAUGCAAAAUAAAGACAAAGCAAAUUCCAACAAACGUCGACGACAGGAUGAUAAAGAUAUAGAUGGUCAAAAAACUGUCUGCUUCUCUAGCUACCAACACACCUGCCACUAAUUGCGUCUUCUUCUAUUUCUAACAAACAAAACCCAAGACUUCACGCCACCUGGUGUGGCACCAGGACGAUUACAACUGAAAUAUGUUUCAAAACACAAACCCAAAGAAAAUAUAGCAAACGGCUCUAACACCCAGGUUACACCCUUCCUCCCACCCGUUUUCUCCCAAAAGCCAUUUUAGUGGGUGCGUUUCAAUUGCAUUGAUAAUUUCACUGGGAGUAAUCAUUGCAGAAAGGCUUUGCUGUCCCUCUAUCCACAGAGACUGUAUGUAGUUAGGGUGAAGGGAGAAUUGUUAGUGUUAGUUUACAGAGGAGAAAAACAAAGCAAGAAAGGACAGAAAGAAUGAAGGACAGAGGGAGGGUAUUAUUUGCCUUCUACUCUUCCACUUUCCUCUGAUAUCCAUCCUCCUGACACCAACUGUGGGCUCUACGGUUGUAGAGUCCUCAAUGGCCUUGGAGGACUAGAGAAAAAAAAAUCUAGUAAAUCAGAGGUGAGAGAACAAGAGAAUUUUUUUCAAGCAAUAAUUUGAAAUCAUUACCCUCUAUCAAACUGCAUUGUUUUAAAAUGUAAUUACAGCAUUUUUAUGAAAGAAAGACAGAAAAAAAGGGUUUUACAAUCUAAACCUCACUUGGUUCUAGAGGCCAGAAGAGAUAGAAAUUCAUUUCCUGUGAGUAAAGAAACAUUCACACACAAGUGAACGGAACAACCCUUGGAUUUGAUUUGUGUGAGAGCCCUAAACUUUUAAAGGGAAAAUGGAGUGCAGAGAAGCCACAGGCUCUGUUCCACUUUCACAAAUGCAGAAAGCACUUGCAUAGAGCCAUCCUCCCACACAAAAAGGCGCUAUGUGGGAGAGGACAUCCUAAAUGAGUUUCAAAUCAAUAUUUAUGCACAGACAAUAAGUAGCAUCCAUUUAUUAGCCUCAUAUUUGCCAACAUUCACUUGAUCCCCAGUGUGAUAUCAUCAAUCAAUAUCAGAAUAGCAGAGGAGGGUGUCAAAUCUCUGCUAUACCUCCCCUUUUCACCGUCCACCAUCUGUUCCCUGUACCCAGGAUUCCCAUUGAAGGCAAUAAGCUUUAAACAUCUGGCUAUUAAAAAACCUGCCAAAAAGCCCAUGUGCAGUAGCAGCACAGAAAUAAAGCAAGGGAGAGAUAGACAGAGGUGAAAAAAAAACAGAGACAAGACAUUUUUUUUUGUAUGUGAAUAUGAAGCUUAGCACCAAUUGUCUGUAGUAUGUAGUCCAAAAGAUAGUUGAGCCACUUAAAAAAGUACACAAAGAUGUAUUAGGUGAGAAGGCAAAUGAAGUAGUUGAUACAGAUCCAAAAGCUUUGAAUGAAGAAAGUGCCAAAUCAAAACAGAGCUUUUAAGUCUCCUUUUGCUUCCUGGGAUCGUUUAUUAGCGUCAAUGCAGUUUGUUUGAGUCUGUGUCCUUUCACAAUGACAGGACCACAUGCCAAGGUCUCCUCUCACACAUGCUGCGGCAAACUCCAGAUCAGCACAAAAUCCUGGUAGCUCUGUCUUUUAGCCGUUCACUAAAGGAGAGGGAAAGCUUGCAGUCCUGCCAGCUUUAUGCUAGUGGUUAGCUGUAAGCUAACUGCAGCUAAAGACCACCACAGAGACCUCCUUUAUAUGCAUGGGUUUUAAAAUGAACAUACUUAAACUCAACACAAAUCUUGUCAUCCCUAGCAAAGAUCUCCAACACAAAUUCAUUAGGUUUUGCCCAGCAGAAAAUCCAAACAACAAAAAAGAGUGUCCUUCAAAUAAUUAAGCUCCCAGUAUAGCGUCUGAGUUAUUCAAAGGAGAAGGUGAAAAAAAAAUCCCAAGAUAGUGGGCCCGAUCCAACCACAAGAGUCCAAAAAUAGUCCUCCAAAACUCAAAAACAUAACAGUCCAGAAAAAAAAUAAUAAAACAACAGCAAUGUGUUGCAAAAGAAAAAAAAAAAAUCUGACUAGUUAAGACUCACCAGUCCUGGGAAUGCUUCCUCUGCCAAACUCUGACAGUUCCACCACUCACAGCCACCCUUUCCACCAGCGACCAAGUUUAGGCACAGUGGAGGUUUUCCUGCAGCCCUUGAAAAGCUUUUGGUCUCCACACAAUGGAUGGACACACAAAAACUCAAAGUUCCUUUCCUGAUCCAGCGAAAUCUCCCUCCAAACAUUUCCCUCCUGCUCCUCCAUUGUUCUGCCUCUCUCCCCUCCCCCUCUCCACACCUGAGUUCACCUGGCUGCAGCAGGUCACCUGCCCAGGCUGACUGCAGCUUAACAGACAACACCCCCACUAAAACGAACAGCAGUGCCAAGGUAGGGUAAGCUAGGGGAUAACAUCUUGUAUAAAAAAAGUAUGAAAAUAAAGUUAUGACCAUAGGUGAAAAAAAGGAGCGCAUAUGCAUGAUUUAAACGGGGGUUCUGCAUUUUUUGCAGACUUUAUACUUUCUGUCUGAUUCCUCUGAAUACCUUUACAUGAUUUUAGAUUUUUUUAAAAAGCCUCAAAUUUCUGACAAUCACUUACGCUUGUCAAUGAUUGGCUGAUUAAAUAAUCUGGCAUUUUAGAUCAAAGGCACAAUUUUACACAGUUUUCAUUAUUGACCUUUUAAGUAUUUUUCCUCUUAUAAAUUGUACCUCACAAUAAAAAAUACUCAUGCAUUAGUCCAAGUGCUCCAACUACUGAUGUCCGAGCACCACAUUGGAUCACUCUUUGGUCCACCAAAAUGAAGAACACUGGAUCUUCUUCCUUUGCUCUCGAUGUAAAGAUGGAAGAUGUCUUGCAUCAAUUUUUGAGAGCCUGGCUCCUUCCUGUAGUUUGGAUUAAACAGAUUCAUAGACACAUAAUGAAUAUAACAUACUUGACAAAUUUAAGAUUAAUUAUUGCAUUCCCACAUCAACCUGUUACAAAAACUCCUAACAACUGGAGAACAAAUGAUUUGUUGGUAUGAAAAGCCAGUGGUACAUAGCCUACCUUGAGAAAUCUCAUAAGAUGGUUAGCUCCCUGUGCUGAGCCCAUCUUGGCUGGUUGUUCAUGAUGGGAAAGUGCUGGUUUAUCUUUCAACAAAGAAACAAUGUCAAGUUACAUCGCUUUGCACUUAUGAAAAUAAAGGUAUAAAGGUACUGUAAAGUUUUCAAAAUGGACCAUGUCAUGAAAUCCACUGACUCGUACUCAUUUAUUGAGCUGUUUAUUCGGUUUCUAGUGUUCAGCAACAGCUAGUGCAAAGCACUAUGGCAUCUAUUAGCCUAGCUCAACAGGCAACUCCCAUAUAUCACAGAAUAAAACACUACACACUUGUGCUAUCUACAGUCUGACAGUGAGCCCCAGAGGUGAACCGAAGUAGGCUGCACUUCAGUCUUGUCAUAUCGCCCCCUUUUAGAGGAACAUCUGAAAAAAAAUCAUAAUUAAACUGGAAUUUUUUCCUCUUUUUUUUGGCUUGUCCCAUUGACUUCAAUGCAAAAAAAAAUCUGCAGUUUUUCACAAUGUAAAAGCAGAGCCGGCCCAAGACUCAGUGGGGCCCUAAGCAAAAUUUGAUUUUGGGGCCCUCUAUUUCUUCCAAUGAUAUUGAUUGUUGAUCAUUGACUCACCUUCACAAAUCUGAUUAACAUUCCAUGACAUGCAAACAUACCUUUAUCUUGGCAUUUUUUUCUCUUUUUCCUCUUUCUUUUCUCUGCUUCUGAAGGAUAUGUCCUUUUUUGUGACACAACUACCUGUACUUUGAAUGCUCAGCGCACAUUGCACAACAGGAGGCACAUAACGGUAGCGGAGCUUUGACAUAUCGGCAGUAAGAAUCAUAGGCCUUCAUCAGCAGAAGCACUAAAAUGUUUUUACUUUGUUUUAUUUUAUAUUUACAAUAAUGUAUAUUUGAUCAUAGAGAAAGCAUCACUCAUACAUGCAUAAGAAAAAAAAUAUUUAAUUUUUUUUUAUUUUUAAUUGCUCUUGCGGGCCCCCUACUUGCAGUAGGGCCCUAAGCAGGCGCUUAGUUCACUUAUGCCCUGAGCUAGCUCUGUGUGAAAGUAAUAGCACACUGAUCCCUAUCAAACCGCACAUUUUAAUAUAUAAUUGUCCUACAACUCUUCAAGCUGUAGGACGAGUAGCGAAUCGAAAUUUGUCCUGAGGAGGAAUAGGAAAAGAUCCCCAGUAUGACAAUGGUGCCUUGGUUCGUUUGUCCUGUGGCCCCAUUAAGACUUCACACACUAUAGUUAAUAUUUACAAAACUAAAAGGUAGUCUUAUGAAUAAUAAAAAAAUCAGUACAAAUGCUUUGAAUGAACAAAGGAUCAAAUAAGGAACUAUGUAAAUAUAAUUACCACUCAUACCAUUUGUGAUAUUUUUUCCAAGUAUUGUGGUUAUGUAAUUGUCAAUCAGCGUUAUGCCACAGUUUAGCAUGUAAUGCAAUAAUUCUAUGACGAAUUUACUUGGUCCAAUAAACCUAUAAAUCUGACUCUUUCUGUAAAUUUACAUGUCAGUAUCUUAGUUCAUGGACAGAGUUUGAAAGAUUCCCCUUUUUUGAGAACUAGUAACCUUAAAACAAAUAUCAGACCAUUCACGUAAUGGUUACUGUUGAAUGGAGAAAUGGAGAAACUAAAAUGUUGGACAUUAUAAAUGUAAACAUGCCCUUGUCUGCUGUUCCUUUCCUGUUUGCAGAUAGCUUGUUGCCUCCUGUCAAUGUGACCAUCAAAGCGGUGAAAGCAAACUCUGCGGUGGUGACAUGGGACAUCCCAGAGGGAGACCCCGUCAUUGGCUUUGCCAUCACACAGCAGGUGAGCAGAAACAACUUAAAAGGUUGAACAGGUAUGUGUUGAUGUUAAGACUGUCAUAUGAUAAACCUUUUGGUCCAGAUUUGUUGCAUGAUUGUUCAUAGCUUUUUGCAAACCACUUGCAUGAUUUGUUUACUUAAGGGAUAUUUAUCAAGUUUUGAUAGUCAUAGCAACAUAGAUGUUAUGUAUAGUAAUAAAGUGAAGGUGUGGUCCCAAUAUUGCAGAUUAAAAAAGAAAUCAAUCAAAAAAAAGGCAAAAGAUUAUCAAAGCUUACUAAAGUCCAAACACACACACACACAAAAAUAAAUAAAUAAAUACAUGAGAAACAGAGGUCCAACAAGGGGAAAAAACCUAAAUGGAUAUUCUGGCAAAAAAUUAAGUUAGGGUCAAACACAUCGUGACACAGAGCUAGACACCCCAGCAAGAGAUGAAUGAUGCUGACCGCUUGCUUCUAUAGUGAUACCAACUUUAGUAACGACUGCACGAUAGCAAUACACAGAGCCACGUGCUCAACCAAAAAGCCACUCUAUAGCCACAAAUAAUGCUCAGAACAGCACCUAACUUCAUCAAAAGUAGAGUCCCAGCCACAGCACUAACCACCAAACAUCUUUUUAGCUUUGCCUGAUUUUUCUUAGCAAAGAGACGAAACACAACUCACCCACUCUCGUCCAGCUGCCACUUGUUUGUAGCGAGACCUCUGGCCAGUCCACGAUGGACUGCUGCGGGGUGACGCAGCUUGAGGAAGAACAUUUAUGAUCCUUUCCUCAUGGAAAUGCAAUCAGACCGAGACGCUGAGGCAGAAUAACUACUACAUAUGCAGUGCAAAAUGAUUAAUAUGAUGAUUAUUACUUCGAGGAAACGAUAAAGUAAUUAUUGCUUUUUGGUUGAGCGUGUGGCUCUCUGUAUUGCUGUCGUGAGGCCGUUACUAAAGUUGGUAUAACAAGAGAAGCAAGCAGUCAGCAACAUUCAUCUCUUGCCGGGGUGUCUAACUCGACGUUAUGGUUUGUUCGACCCUAACUUAAUUUUUACGCUGGAAUAUCCAUUUAAGCUUUGUUGCCCCAAAGUUCCUCAGUUAGGGGACUUUGACAUCUCGUAUACUCAUAUUAACACAUCUCAACAAAUCUCACAAAUCUUUCCUUUACUGUGACACCAACAUUUCGAGCAGAAAAGUUAAAAAAAGGCCUCGGGCAGAGUUCAGGGAGGAGAGGACACAGUGAAAGACACAAUAAAGCAACACCGGAUAGAUGAAACACAGAGACUGCAUUUCAAAGCUUUAAAGUUUCACACUUGUAUCCCUCACUUGCAUCUUCGUCCCACCUACCAGAGAUGCACGGGUGAGAUGCGAGGAAAUGAAGAGAGGAGAGAAAGUGGUUGAGGGAUUUUGUUUUAAGAAACGUGCGAUGUCCCAUCCUCCAGAGCCUCACAUGAAGCGACGCCUGUUUCUGAUGACAGCAUCAGCUGAUCUCCUCAGAAUCAGCUGUCAGUCAGCUUUAAUAGUGGUUUGUUUCUGCACACGUGUGAUCUGUAACAAUGCUAAGAAAAUAACAGUGUUUGUGUGAUGGACAGUUCCCUCUGGUCUUCCCUUGAGUUAAAGAGGGACUCAUCUCUGAGCAGAAUCAGUGUGUGAGUGUCUGAUUGGCUUGUGUGAGACCAGGUGUGUGAAAGUGAUAUACUCUAAGUCCUUGACCUCCAGGGCAGAGCACUGACUCAUUGUUUCUUCCUCAGAGAUCAUAAGAUCAUAAAUCUUGUAUAAAGAUUUAUUUGUUUUUGUUUCGGAUCAGACUGUAGACGCUGUGCUUUUUAGGUCUCCAGUGUUUUGUGUUUUUCGUUUGAACAUCCCUUUCAUUUCUGAGAGUUUGGUUCAGGUUUUGUUACUUGUGUAUCUGUCUGUGUUUAAACAUUCAGACUUCUACUUUAUUUAUAAAACUCUCCUUCUAUAUUGUAUACUUCUACUGAGACAUUCUCUGAAUACAUAUACUUCAAGGUGACUUUUUCAUCUGCCCUUUAAUGUGUAUUCCUUUUUAUCUUUCAUUGUUAAACUUUGUUGUCAAUGCUGCUUGCUUCUUCUCGGUUUGUGCAUUCCUCUCAAUUGAUCCAGGAACAUAUAGAGAAACCACAGCCACAAUCCAUUUAUAUGGGAACAAAUUUAGUCAAUGAUGCAACUUUAGAUCCAGUUUAUUAAUAUAUUUAUUUAUUUUAUGUCAAACCAUAUCACAUCUGUCUUCCUAAUGUAAACAAUGACUUUUCUCUCCUUUGUCAUUCUCCAACAGAAGAAAGAUGUGCGCAUGUUACGCUUCAUCCAGGAGGUCAAUACCACCACACGGUCUUGUGCACUGUGGGACCUGGAGGAAGAAACAGACUACAUCGUGCAUGUCCAAUCUAUCAGCAUGUCUGGAACGAGUCCACUGAGCGAACCCCUGCGCUUUCGAACGCCAAAGGAGGCAGAGACUCAAGCCUCUAAAAGUAAAGGUAGUUUUUGAGUCUCAAAAAGACAAAAAUCACAAUAUAAACAUGUUUUCAGUCAAUGAACAUAACCAGACUCAGCGUUUAAAAAAGGAACAUUUUCACACUUUAUUUUGAGCCUUUCAAGACAGAAAGUUGCUUAUUAACCUUAUCAUUAGUGAUUUUGUUCAAAAACCAAUUACAUUAAACAGACACACAAAGUGUGAUAUGAAAUUUCUCAACACAGUUCUCCUCCGGCUUGCCACAGUUCGGGGACAAAAUGUCCAAAUGGAUGUAUACUUUAGUGUGUUUUGGCAUGCCUCAGCAGGCCUCUCCUUGCAUGCAUCCAGCCUGUAAAGGUGUUUAUCAGGCACACAGUCAAAGCUGCAACGUGUUGGCUAAAGCUCAGUCCCAUCCAUUUCUCCUCAGACUGAAGGAUGAAAAUAUAAAAAACUAAUGAAAUAUGUUAAUUAGUUAGAAGACAGUGGAAUUUGUUGCCCUUAAACAAACCCAGACUGGCUCUCCAUCUGCUUUCACUCUCUAAGCUGAGCUACAUCAACUGCUAAAAAACUUUUGCUCAGAAAUAUGAGCAGCAUCAUUCUUCUCGAUUUACUCUGCAAGGAAGCAAAGAAGCAAGUUUUAGGAAUUAUUCCUUUGCAGUCUAUGCUUGAUCAAACGUAAGCCUCUUGUAUUUUAGAAUAAUAUGUUUGAGUUGACUGGUUAAUGGAUAGAUGGAUUAUAUAGUGUUAAUCAUUUUACCACUCUCUAAAGGAUUAUUUUACCUUUCACUGCGGAAAAAUCUAAAUAAAUCCAGCAAUUACAUGUAUGAAUUGUGUGUUUUAGUGUUUAACUCUUUUUGGGAACAGCCCCAUGCGCUGUAAAGCACUAAAAGCAAACUGAAAUCUCAAAAGUUAACAUCUGUCAUUAUUAUUUGCUUAUGCUGUGUGAUGUUUGUAGAUAUCACAACUAUAACAAAGUGACUUUUUCUGUUAAAAACGCUGUUCAGUGAGUGUCUCUGUGACAUCAUGAGGGGACUUAAGAUCUCAAACAAAUGGAGGCACUGUUUUAACACCAUUUUACUUGUAUUAGCAUGGACACCAGUGCACGUUUGAAUGGGUUGAAGGACUAAUAAGCGGAAGUGAAACCGCAGGAGAGUCCUUCUGAGCAGAGGUUUUUAGGUUGGUGUAAAAUUAAGAAUUUAAAGCAACAGAGGCUGACAUGUCUCAAUUUUUCAUUUUGUUGACAGUUCUAUGAUGUUCACUUCUGCAGUGACAAAUUUGACUGGCUUUGUUUACAGUCAGAAAGAGCGGGCCGCUCAAAAAAUUUAAAUUGUUGACUACACAGACAUAACAAAACACAGUGAUAUCAUUAAAUUACCAAAUGUCAUCAAUAACUAAUAGCUAUUGACUGAUAUUUAAAGCUUUUUUGUGUACACACCACAAAAAAGAUGCUUCUUGAACGGAUUCCUGUCUACCCCACCUUUAAUCAUGAAACAUGUUGCAUACAUAUUGAUGAUCACAGAAUUUAAAAAGCUUGUAUCUUGACUCUUUCAGAUGAAGUGACAAUGGAGGAAGUGGGCCAGUCCACACAGCUGAGGGCAGGGGAACUCAUCAUUAUUGUGGUAGUACUCAUAAUGUGGGCAGGUGAGGCUAAACAUGGUUUUGCCAGGAUGACAGCAAAUCAAACAUUAUUUCUGUGUUAAUCUGGUGUCAGCUAAAAACAGAACAGAAAACACGCAGUUGUCUUCAAGAGUAGGAGCAUGUACAGUAUUUGUGUUUCCAGGAUGACCAGUAAAUCGAUUGUAACUCUUCUCCUAGGCGUGAUUGCUCUCUUCUGUCGCCAGUAUGACAUUAUCAAAGACAACGAGCCCAACAACAACAAGGACAAAGCCAAAAACUCCUCUGAGUGCAGUACCCCUGAACAUCCAACAGGGGGGCUGUUGCGCAGUAAGGUAUAGCCCAACCAUUUGCAUUCCCUGGGUGCCUCCCUCUCCACAGCGCCGGGCAGGUGAAUGAUCCCACUCACUUAUAGAUCUUUUCCACUGACACUCCCAGUACCAGUAAUACCAUGUCAUUGUAUCAUCUGGAGUUAACCUCCAAGGCUUCAACAAACUCGGAUUCAACACAAACUGCUCAAAAAUAAAGGGAACACUACAACCACACAAAUCUUAAUGAAUGAAAUACUAAAGUUAAAAAUCUUUGUUGGUUACACAGUGUGAUUUUUUUUUCAGAGCAAAUUACAUAGAAACAAUUAAUCAAACUAAAAUCAUUAACCCAUUGAAGACUGGAUUCAAAAUCAAAGUGGGAAAAUGAAAUCGCAGGCUGAUCUAACUUGACAAUUCAUACUGUGGCUCAGUAGAGUGUAAGGCCUCCAUAUGCCUGUAGGCACUCUGAAAAAAAUCUGGGCAUCUUCAUCUUCACCUCAACAUCUGGGCAUGCUCCUGAUAAGGCGAUGAAUGCCCUCCAAGGGGAUCUCCUUCCAGCAGGGACCAGAGAAUUAGUUGCAUACUGGGCCAACCUUGUAUUCAAUGAUACAUGAACUUCCAGAGGUGCUGGAUUGGAUUUAGGUCUAGGGAACAGGAGGGAAAGUUGAUAUCAUCAGUACCUUCAUCAUCCAGAAAGAGCUGACACACUCCAACCACAUGAAGCUGGACACUUCCAUGCACCUAAAAGAACCCCAAGGGCCCACCAUAUGGUCUGACAAUGGGUCUGAGGUUCUUAUUCUCAUCUCCCCUAGCUAGCAUGUGGAGGUCUGUGUGGCCCUCCAAGGAUAUACCUCCCCAGAACAUCACUGACCCACCACUAAACCAGUCAUGCUGGAGGAUGUUGCAGACAGCAGAACAUUCUCCACAGCCUCUCCAGACUCCUUUAGGUCCAUCACAUGUGCUCCGUGUGACAGUGGACGCCAGGCUCCUUGCUUGCUAGAGGUCAUCUUGUGGGUCUCAGGCAGUACUCCUUCUGUUACUCCUUCAUAAAGGAGCAGAUAGUAGUCCUGCUGCUGGCAGUUGCCCUCCACAUCUCCUGGUGUACUGGCCUGUCUCCUGGUAUCUCCUUCACACUUUUGACACCAUGCCGAGAGGCAAAGCAAACCUUCUGGUCAGUAGGCAUAUAGAUGUGCCAUCCUAGAAAAGCUGUACCACCGGAGCAAACUAUGUGGACUGAAGAUACUGCCUCAUGCUACCACUAGUGAUGAGGACACUAGGAAAAUAAAUUAUAAAUUAUUAGGGGUCGUCUUGCUAAUUGCCUCUCCUAUCCACUUGUUGUCUGUCCCAUUUGCACAACAGCAAGUGAAACUGAUUCACAAUCAUUAUUGCUUCAUAACUGGACGGGCCGAUAUCCCAGCAGUGUGACUGACUUGAUGUUGCACUGUGAUAAUGAAGUGUUUCCUUUAUUUUUUGAGCAGUAAACAUGACUUACCAACUUUUCAUUAGCACAACACAAGUCCUGGCUUCUAGUUCUGUUUUAUUCAAGCACAGAACAGCAUCAUUCCCUUCUCUCUUGCUAUUUAUGUCCCUCAACAUUAAAACAGAGGCAUCCUCAUUAAAGGGUCUUUUGUGAAUGAUUUCUUGAUCCAACAACCUCAUCAUACCUGUCAUCUACCUCUCUACUCCUGCAGAUCCCCAAGAGCAACAACAACAAUAGAACGCCAUCUGUGGACAUCAUAGAGAUGUGGAUUCAGGAGCUCCUCUCUUUAUCUGAAAGACUUUGUGUUCUCACAAAUCAGCCCCUUCCAAGCCCAUCUGUCAUUGGGAUAAGGCUGGGAUUCUGGGCUCCUCGGCAGAGCUUGUGCCCCUUAAGUCUGGUGCAGAGGUGGAGCUGCAGGACUCCAGAUAUUUGGACGCAACAUGGCUGGUGCUGGUCUGAGAGCAGAGUUUUAGGUGGAUGGUUUGUGGCUGUAAAAGUGCUCAACAUCUUACCUUGGCAUAGGACAGACAAUAUAGUACAAAAGUGGAGAAAGUGGAAAUGAACCGAUCCUAAAGGGCCAAAACCAAAUUACAGAAUCAAAGACCAAUUCAAACUCUCGGUCUUCCUCAGUCACUUCUAUCCCCUUGUGUUUUCAAACAACAGCAAACUAGAGAAUCUACAAUCAUCUCUUCUUGUACACUGUACUUAAAUCUCAGCUUAAGGUUUUUUUUUAAGAACAUUACAUUUUUUUUAUUCUUCUUUCAAAUAAACAGAAACGUCAUGUGUAUCUCUGGUUAUACUUAAACGAUUCUGGAAAAGGUGCAUCUGAACAGUGUUCCACUUUCUACUUAUUUAUUUUUGGUUUAAAUCCCCUAGAAGAUUUAAACUCUGGAGUCCUGAGGGCUGUUUUUGGCAAGCCUGUUUCCCCCACCUCAGGGAAUCCAGAGCCCACCGGGCUAAUUUGGGAGCCAGUCCUCAGAGGUGCUGCAACAAGCCAGAGCACUUGUAAAGGGAUCACUCAGCUCUGAAUCACUGAACUUGUCUGCAAAAGUGAAACUAGCUCACUCAUUUAGAGAUGCAUCUCUAAUCUAAACACAAACAUAGUGUAGUCUUAAACAAGCCAGACUUGGUAACAUCUUGCUCAUGUUUGAGUUUAUCCUGUCAGUUUUUCAUAGUUUUAUUGUAGAUUUCCAAAAUGUAACAUUCCAACAUUCAGAACACCUAAGUAUUUCCUUGUGUCUUUCACUUCAGAGGCAAUGAAUUUAAAGGACUCUAGGGAUGAAAGGAAUAUCAUUACUGAGCACAUUCACCUGAUGGACUUUUAAGGGGCUGGACUCCGUGGAAAAGUCACUGGAGAGACACUGAUAAGAUCCCUUGUAUCAGCAAUAACAGCCUUCAAGAAACACGUAAGGAAGGACUCAAAUUCUGUAACCUCUGUCAAAAACAUAAUGCCUCAGCAUGCAAUUGUCUGACAGAUGCUCCAUCUGCCUAUCAGCCAAGGGGAAAUCCUGAGCUUCAUUUGCAGACAUGUGUUUCCCUGAACUUUCACAGAGAAGUCUUUUCAGUGCUGUCUUCAAAAUGUUUUUAAUGGAAAGCGUGGGAUUAUAAAGAAUAUGUGCCCAACCUUCAACCCUGACACAUGACAUCCUUAAUAGAAGGGCUUCUAUCAAGACUUAUUCAGAAGUCUAAGAAAAUAAUAGUUUUGAAAUUCUUUGUUGACGAAAUCAUUAGAUAUCAGCUGUCACCAUAUGGUAAUGUGCACUGCAUAUGGUAAAGGAACUUCCUUUCAAAUAGAAAAUGAUGUAUCUGGGGGCUGCUUCAGACUCAUUAGUGCUGCCUUAAAAAGUAAUCAUUAAUUAUUAAAGAUGGCAAGCCCCAUAUCUGACAUUUGAGCAUAUUGAUUGGCUUUCAAAUAAAAUAUGUGCAAAGUUUAAAAAUACUUAUACAAUCGGUGAAAAUGUAAACCAAGCUGGGAUAUUCUGAAACCAAGGAAGAGAUGGGUAUUUGAUGUGUAUAUACAUUUUGUAUUUCAUUCUUGUUGGAUGGUGUCACUUUGGUACCUUUUGUGACAAAACUACUUUGAACAAUGUUAAGACUCCUCAUGUAAAAGGGUCACAGCUACUGGUGAAAUGUAUGUGUUUUUUGUGUGUUUAAUACACUUAGUCCUGUCAUUAAUGAGCUUGUUCAUAGCACUUGUCUACAGAUAUGUAUUUCUAUUACCUUCUGUCAUUGUGCUAUUUAUGUGCCAACUGAAAAGACUGUGAUGAGAAUACGAUGAGGAGUGUUAACUAUUUAGCUUGAGCGUAAUGGUUUUAAAGGCUGUUCAGCCUCUUAAAGCCUGUACUGACAGAAUGAUAACGCCAUCAGCUAUUUGCAUGCUAGAUGGUCGUCAUCUCAGUCUAGAGAUACACUGGCCACUCAAUUAUUGUGAACUCAGACAUGUGGGGGCAAAAUGAAGCUAUGGUAGCUAUGAGAGGAAUUAAUCUCACAAAUAAAUGAUGACUUAUGCAAAGGUAGGCCACCUUCCCCUUUUCUGUACGGCCAUGGGAAAUUAAGAUAAUUAAAAUACAAGAUCAAAAUGCAGUCCUCUGAAAAGUGCUGAUUUAUGUCGAAGGUUAAAAAUAAGUAGCUGGAGAAAAGGAAAGAAAUGAUCAGAGGCCUCUGACCUUUGGUUAAUGUGAAAUGUGGUGGCAAGGGCAACCUUGAUGAGACUGCUCUUUGCACUUCAUCAAAAAGUUUUGAGACUGAAUCAUUUUUUCUGUCCGUGGUGCCACAUAAGUCCCGGACUGCAGAAGCUAGUGCUCUAAUUGAUCCACUCAGUGAAAGAUCAGAUGGAUUGUGUCCCUGGAUGAUCUGUCCAAACUGGGGUCAUGUCCUAUUUCUCCAACAGUAGAUUGCUCAAGCCGUGUUCCCACCAGCCAUUAGCCACUUUCUUGUUUUGAAUGAUUUAGUUUCAUUCUUUCCAGUUGCUUGAAUGAGCCAGAAGCAUGAGGUCUAUUUUUAAAGCUGUAAGAAGUCCAAUUGAAUAGAGCACAUUUGAAAUGUAUUAUAUAAUCACCUCCAAAUGAUGGUUCAGUCCUCAGUCUUCUCUCUGUAAAUAUUGUAUCCCUCAUUACUGGUUCAAAUGCAGGGCUAACAUCGUUAACAUCCACUUUGAUAGUGGUCUACUUUGACAUUUUUGGAAAAUACAGGAGAUUCAAAGUAGGUUCAAGCUAGGUACAUGCCACUCUUGUGUAUGCAUAUUCAACAUGAAGCUACAGACAGCAGAUUUCGGCCAAUAAGGAUAAAGACUAGAGCCAGAACCACACCAGUUGUUCACCACUGUAACCCUUGACACUGAGAAGCCAGUUAGAGAAGGCAAAUGAAGAGAGAAAUACUCAGCUAUUCUUCCAACUCUUGGUACAAAAUAUUAUUUCCAAUGGUCAAACUAUUCUUAAUUAAUAGGGCCUGCAUAUGAGCUGUGUAUUGAAAUGGGCUCUUUUGCAUAGACAUAAUUCAGCAGCCUCAGUUGGCAGUGGACUACCAUAAAAUAAUCUAAACAUUAAAGUGGGUUUGACACAAAAAUAUCACAGAGGUAUUAUGUGUUGGAAAAAUAAUGGGACACAUCUGGGUGUCUUUUUAUCCCUACAUCAAAGUACAGCAGAGCUUUCCCAGUCCGUUAUAGAUGCCAAUUAGACAUAUCACCAGUUAGUCCUUCUGUUUAAGAAGUCAGCUGAUCCCCUGGAUAUAUGUUGUUCACAACUCUGAAGACAUCUGCUGGUUACAAAGGCUUAUAAGAUGAUUACAGAGACAUCUGUCAAAGACAAAAAACUGUUAUUAUUUAACUAAUGGUAAUGACUGUAUGAACUUAACAUUCCACUGAACCCUGUGAUGGAAAACCACUCUUUUCAUUACACCGAGGAUCUUUUUCAGUCUCUGAAGAAAAUGUAUUUCCAAAUCAACUUGCACAUUAUUUAGUUUGAAUGACAUUUGUUGAAUUCAAAUUGGAUAUAGCAGAUGUUGGCCUCCUUCAUUAUGGAUUCUUGAAAUACGGAAUAGAAAUGAGAUGAAUAAGCAUGGUUUAGAAAAUAAACUGCUUUAUUAAUGCUAUCAUGUUUAUAUUCCUUGUAUGAUGUGUACUGCAGUCAUUGCUAUAUGAGGGCUAGCAUGGUUUAUCUAUUAUGCACAAGGUUACACAACUUCAAUAUUGAAGGAUAUAGUGUAUAUGCUUACUUGUGUAUGCUUAAAUAAAAUAAAAACAACAUAUUUUCCACAAAAAA